AUGGAUUUACUAGGUCAACUUGCGUUUCCUUAUGUCCAGGAUGAAGACUCCAAUGCCACCUUGAGUAAAUUGAUUUUAACAGAUGAAUUCGACUCAAGACGUGCAAUCUUGAGUUUAAAUGACAAGAAACAGUUUGACUCCCUUAAAAUGAUAUAUACAACCACUCAACAACCAAUUCAACAUCUAACAUCUUAUAUUGAAAAUCCAGAUAAAGAAGAAAAAGAUAAAUUUCCAUUACUAGUCAAGAUCAGUCCUGAGUUUAACAAAUUAAAGUUUCAUGUAUCCAUCAAACCCGAGACUGGAUUUGCCUCGCGAUCUCUUGUGAUUGUCAAGUCCAUUGGCAUCACAGAUGUGGAUAUAUUGAAAAACCAACUUUAUGAUGAUAGUAGUCCUGAAAGUUCUAGAACUGAAUUGUCAAGAUUACAAUACUCGAAAUUGCCAAUUGAUGGCAACAAUCACGUAUUCCAAAAGGUUAUAAUUAAUGAUUUUUUCGAACCCAAAAUCGUGAAUGAUACCAAAUUGACAAUAUCUAUGUGGGAACACGAUUCCGAAUCUAAUGAUUUCAGACAUCUUUUUAAUUUUAGUAUUUGGAUAGAUAAAUUGCAAGUGGUUGAACAGAAAAUCAAUAAAUCCCUGUUCUCAUUGACAACGAAAGGUCAGCCGUUGGAAGAUAAAUCCCCCGAGACAAAGUUAUUCAGUUUGGGCGAUUUCCGUAAAGAAUUUAGCAUUGAUAUCGAAGAUGGUCCAGAUUUUAGAAAGACGCUAACACGAUUGGAAAACUCAGUACCAUUAGCUAGACGAAUUUAUAGUUCCUUGAUUGACGAAUUUAAGCUAUUGGAAUCUAAUGUCAGAAGAAUAUCCGCGUCUAAGAUUAAAAUAAUGGAAGCAGUUGACUCGUUAAUUGAUUUAGAGUCUACGUCCUUGCUAAGAGAAUUUGGGUUUCAAAAUGAUUUUCAUGUUGUUUUCCGAGCACUCUUUGAACCAUUUGAAAAGAAUACCAGUUUCUUCUUUGAGAAUAUUUGUGAUCACAAGCAGUUGACUAAAGUAUACAAUAAUAUCGGUUUGAAACAACUGGAUUCUAUCAAUGUACAAGCUGAAAUGCAACGGAAAUUUGAGUCUGAUUCUAAAGAGUAUUAUAGUUGGCUCAAUAAGUAUCUUUCUAAUGAAAAAGAAAGACCCGAGCUGAAAUUAUUGGCGAAAAGAAAAGUUUUUGAACUUUCGAAAUUUGAUUAUUUGAAUAAUCUUAGUAAAGUUACAAAUAAUCAGUAUGUGAAUGUCUUGAUUGAAAAUUUAUUCAAGUUUCUCAAUUUAAAAUAUGAUGAAAUCCAUCCUAGGUUGCUUGAUUAUCGCUCGUUCAAAGAUAAAAAAUCAAAUCAACGUCUUCUUGGUGAUAACUACCAGAUUUAUCUUAAUGUGUUGUUGCGAUUCAAUAGUGAAAAAUAUCAGUUUAGACAAAUGAUCGAGGCGUGUCAAUCAAAUGAGGAAUUGACUAAUUUGAUUCGUCAUAACAUAUUAAAUCACAAGUCGGCAAACACAUCAAAUUCAGCUCCAUCUACAAAUGCAACCAAUUCAUCUUCAAAUCUUAUUACGUCGGCAAUUGACGAGUUCAUUGUUACUAAAGAGAACUUUGAUUUGGUAUUUUCUGAUAUUGAACCUCCAAGCAAUGAGAUUAGUGGUGAUGACGCAGAAAAAUCAGGAAUAUUAUUUACCCUUGGGGGUCAGAAGAAGCAAGGAUGGCACAAAGAAUGGGUUGUGUUGGAAAAGGGCCAGUUGAUUGAGUAUGCUGAUUGGAGAAAGGGAAGAACUCCAAUUAAUAAACCCAUUGAAAUAGCAAUUGCUAGUGUUAAAGCUACAACAUAUGAUAAGCGUCAAUUUUGUUUUGAAGUUUUAACUUCUACAGGUACAAAACGUGUAUUUCAAGCAUUUGAUAACGACGAUCGAAACAAAUGGGUGAAAGCGUUGUACAAUGCGGGUCAAUUAGUCAAUACUCUGCGAUUGGAAAAAUCUUUCAGUAAAGACAUCGCACGUGAAGGAAGAAAGAAAACCAUUGGUAAAUUAAUCACUGACUUUAAAGAGAAACCAGUUAUUCCUGGUCAGGAUCGAUCAAUAUCACCUAUUUCGUUGACGUCGAAAGCUCAACCAGUGGAAAAGGACUAUCUUCAUUUGGUGAGAUCCAUUCCUAAUAGUGAUAAUAAUAGCUGUUUAGAUUGUGGAUCACUUGAGCUGGUGGAGUGGAUUUCUAUAAACACGUUGUCAUGUUUCUGUGUUAAAUGUGCUUCAUGUCACCGUAAUAUUGGUUCUCACAUUACCAAGAUUCGGUCAUUGAAGUUGGACAAAUUUGAGAAUGAAACAGAAUUAUUAUUAAAAUACAUUAAUAACCGUAAAGUUAAUUCAUAUUUAGAAGAGAACUUGGCAGUUGAAGAAAAGAUCAAGCCCGAAGCUAAUGAUGAAACCCGACUUAAAUUUAUCAAGAACAAAUACUUGCAAAAGAAAUACAAGUCGGUUAUUCCUGAUAUCAAUAAUUUGCUUGUUAGGGCUAUUCAGAAGAUAAAUAUUCCUGAUGUAUUAAAGUACAUUCUUUGUGGUGGUGAUAUCAAUUUGAAUAUUCAAAUUAACAUUCCGAACAAGAAUGAGUAUUUGGUAAUUUCAUUAUUUGAAUACUCAUUACGAAAGUAUAUCGAGAUUACUGAUGAGGAUGGCCAGCCAUUUGGUGGAACUUCCAAAAAAUUAUUUAUAAUUUCCGAAUUAUUGAUUUUGAAUGGAUGUAAGGUGUCUGAACAUAUCAAAGAUUUGCAAAAGGAGGAUUUGGGUCUAACGGAUGCGGCUAUUGAGUAUUGGAAAAUCAGAAGUUUGAAGCUCAGUGGUACCAGGCUGCAUUAA